GUAAGUGGUCAGAAACUGGUCAGGAACGUACGGGGCUGUGGAGGAAUCCCAAAACUUUUCCAACUCAGUAAAGUUCUCUUUCUUCGCUGGUUCAGCUCACUCGCGACCGGUCACUGGACGGGUUAAUAACUUCCGCGCUUCCUUGUCGUAUCUCUGGACGAUAAAGCAGAUGCAAACGGCUGAGUCGAAGCGAGAGGAAAACUUCUGGAAUGAUGCCCGAGCGACUGCAUCCCUCCCUCCUCCAAAGUUCAGCUAAGGUGGCUAACGUUAGCUAGCACAGGAGCUGCUUGCUAAGCGCGAUGCGAAACUUUUGUUAUUCACCAAAACGAUUCGGUGUAAGCUCAGUUGUAGAAAAAGACGCGUGAGUAUAAAAAAAAAUGUCUAAAUGUGAAAGCUUUCAUCGUCAGUUAGCUAUGAUAGCCGGGGCCAGGGUUUAGUAUCAGGCUAAUCAGCUAGCUUCUUUUUUUUUUUAUCAGAACCUGGUAAAGUCGCAAAGAGGAAUAAUAACGCGACACACCUCUUGUUUCUGAGCUCCGAUCAUGAAAGAAUCGCAGCACUUUUACGUUUCAUUAAACUUAGUUUAUGCUUUGACGUAAUUGAGCAGCAGCAUCUGCAAAACUUGAGAGAUGAGGGAGGAGGUGCCCACCGAGAUGACCACUGCAUGGUGAUUAAAACUCUGCAGUUAUGUGCUGACUGCUGCCUGUUAAAUCAAAUGGCAUUUCACUUUGGAAACUUUUUAAAGAAGUUGCUCUGAGUUCUGUGGAUUUAUCUGUGCAGCUACACAAAAGCAGCCCAGUGCCACUCCUGUUUUUCUGCCAACUAAUUUUUAGUUUUUCUGUGCCUAAUCACAACCCUAAACCUGUCUGUGGUGCACUUUGCAAUUUGGAUCUUACCUCCUUUUCGUCUGUUACACAUUCUCGGAUAAAGCUGAGUGUUUCAGGAUGAAGGUGACAGUAACUUUUGGACAGACAGGUGUAGUCGUGCCCUGCAAGGAUGGAUGGACUGUGAGGGAUCUUAUCCAGCAAGCCACCCAGAGAUACAGGAAACUACUGGAGCAGGAGGGAGAUUUUGUCGUUCGAACCCAUCAUGUUGAGUACUGUGACGGGGGUAUACUGGACCCUGAUGACAUCCUCAGUGAUUUGGUCGAGGACAAAGACAAGCUGAUGGCGGUGUAUGAGGAGCAGGAAGCCCAGCAGAGAGGUGUGGCUGACACUAGCCUGACCCCGAGCCCUGACCUCCACCAAGCUGAACUUUCUGUUUUCCAGCCAAUCACAGGAGGAGAGAUUGAAGUCAAUUCUUCAGCCCUCAAAUCUAACACACCCUUGCUGGUGAGGAGCAGCAGUGACUCCGCCCUCAACCCCCAAACGACAGAGACUGAACCCUCCUACAAUGAAGAUAGCACUGUGAUGGCAGCCGGUGCUGAAGUGGAGGGGCCUAGAGGGAUAGAACGAGCUCCAGUCAAAAACAUCUUCAGUGGCAGUCUAACCAGAAUGGUGGAGAUCCAGGGAGAGGACAAUCCUCUGGGCAUUCAUGUUGUUCCCUACUGUUCUUCUCUCAGCGGACGGUCUCUUGGUCUGUAUAUCCGUGGUGUGGAGGAAGAGAGCCGCUCAAGAAAGGAGGGUUUGUUCCAGGAGGAUGAGUGCAUUGUAAAAAUCAACAACACUGACCUAAUGGACAAGACAUUUAGCCAAUCUCAGGACAUUUUUCGUCAGGCAAUGCGGUCCCCGCUUGUUCGUUUGGAAGUUUUGUCCUCGUCAAACAGAGAGCGAUAUGAGAAAAGUCUGAUCAGUCAGCUGUGUGUCAACAGUACGGCUCCGAACAGCAGCCCUCGUGUCACCAAGGCCAAAGAUCCACCGCCACCAGUCAAAGCCAAACCUGUGUUUAAACCUCCUGAGAAUUCAACUCCACGUCAUGUAGAAGAAACUCCUAUUCUUGAAGCGGUUAGUAGUCCAAAGGAGAGAGGUGAUAGCCCUCUCCACAGGAAAAGUGCGGCACUCUCCAGCUUAGUGUCCAAUAAAAGAGGAGGGCGAAGGCUGCGGAUCGACUUAAAGAAAGGUUCCGAAGGUCUUGGAUUUACUGUCGUAACCAGGGAUUCCUCAAUACAUGGCCCGGGUCCUAUUCUAGUCAAAAACAUUCUGCCACGAGGAGCUGCUGUCAAAGAUGGACGGCUUCAGUCUGGAGACCGCAUACUGGAGGUAAACGGUGUGGAUAUCACCGGGGUGGGCCAGGAGGAGCUGGUGUGUAUGCUCCGCAGCACUCGUCAGGGAGAGACUGUGUCCCUGGUGGUUUUACGGCAGGAUGAGAUGUUCCUGCCCAGAGAAAUGAAAGACGAGUUGUCUCGUUUGCGUGGCGUGGUUUUGGAGAACGGGAAGGAGCAGCUGAUGUUUGAGGUUCCCCUCAAUGACACUGGCUCGGCGGGACUUGGGGUCAGCCUGAAGGGAAACAAGUCCAGGGAGACGGGAGAGGAUCUGGGAAUUUUCAUCAAAUCCAUCAUUCAUGGAGGAGCUGCAUACAAGGAUGGGCGGCUGCAUAUCAAUGACCAGCUCAUCGCCGUAAAUGGAGAGUCACUGCUGGGACGCUCCAACCAUGCAGCCAUGGAGACACUCCGACGAUCGAUGUCGCAGGAAGGAAACGUUAGAGGGAUGAUUCAGUUGGUGGUGCUGAGGAAUUUAAAGGAUCAAUAUGAGGUGUCACCCAAUCGCUCCUUUGACAGUUCGUCUGGCAUACCAGGACUUAUCAGCCCAUUCAAAGGUCAGACAGGCUUCGUCAGUCAAGCCCCAGACUCUGUCCACCCCACACAGGUGUCCAAUCCCAUCUAUUCCUCCAGUGUGACCAAUGGGAGUUAUUUUCACAUGGACGAGGAGGAAGAUGAGGGAGUGCUGUAUGGGCAAGAUGUGGAGAUCAGCAGCUCUAAUCAGCCCUCCUUCUUACAGGAAAGUGAAAGCUCUAAGACAUCCCCCAUGGCCCAGCCUCAGUCUCCCACCCAGAACCAGUUCCAGCACAUCAAAGCCUCUAAAAGCAUGGACCUGGGUACGACUCAAAACCAGCAUCACACUGUGGCAGAUGAGAGCAACAUUGGAUCCCUGGAUGGAAGCACUUCUGCUCCAUGUACGCCUGUCGAACUCGGACCAACUCUUGGUUUGAAGAAGUCCAGUUCGUUGGAGAGCCUCCAGACGGCCAUGUCAGAGGUCAACAAGAAAAACGAAAUGCUCCCUUUCCACCGCCCUCGCCCAAAUAUGGUCAGGGGAAGAGGAUGCAAUGAGAGCUUCAGGGCAGCUAUCGAUAAAUCCUAUGAUGGCCCAGCUGAAGACGAUGAUGAAGGUUCAGAGUUGAGUUCAGGCCGUGACACUCCUGCUAGUAGUUCGUCCCGCCAGGGACUUGCUGAUCAAACAGAAGAGAAAACCAAAAAAGACAAGAAAAAGAAAGAGAAAACCAAGAAGAAGGAAAAGAAUAAAGGGAAAGGGAAAGAAAAGGAGAAGAAGAAAGCAGAAGAGACAGAGGAAACAGAAAAGAAGGGCAAGAAAAUAGGCUUUGGUCUUUUGAGGUUUGGAAAGAAAAAAGAGGAGAAAAAGGAGGCAAAGGCCGCUGUGCAACGACAAAAAUCAGACGUACUGAGUGACCUGGAGCUUGAAAGGAUGAGAGAAGAAAGAGAAAGGAUUGAAGCUGUGCAUCCUGAGCUGCAGGAAAAACUGCCCAGAGACCAGCAGGGUGGAGGUGGUGGGGCAGCAUAUCCACACUUUGAGGAUGACGAUGCCGACCCAAACUAUGCCAGGAUACAGUCCUUCAGGGACCGAGAGAUGGGUUCAGGGCCACCACCGCUGCCGCAGUCACCUCUCUACAGUUCAGUUCAGCACGCUCAUGCCCGCUCGCCUUCGCCACAGGGGCCUCCCAGCUUCCCAGGACAUGGGAAGCAUGUUAACGAUGCUGGAGUUCUCCCCGAUGAUGACCCCAUUGAUAGGCUGUAUGCCAAAGUUAACAAGCCUAGAGGUUCUGGAGCUACGUCACCGCUCACUCCUUCCCCAGCGUCUCCAAGUGACAGCAAUAUGGACCGCAUCCAGCUGCUAAGAAGAGAGUAUCAGCAAGCAAGACGAGAAGGAAUGGUGCCGCCGUAUGAAGAACUGGACCUACGACGCAGAGGUCACGACAGCGACCCACACAGGGUACCAGGCAGAGGCGCUGAUCCCCGUCUGACUCCACGAUACGAAGAGGUGGAACGCCAGUAUGCCUCCUUACCAAGACGAGGGCCAAUGGAUCCUGCUGACUACCCAAUGCAGUCGUGGUCGGGUCAUUACCCCGGACCUCCACAAGCCCAGUCAGGGUACCCCCAGUCACCAACUUACUCUAACAUCAACUCCCAGUCUGCUCCGUCAUUCUCCAACUUCCUGCCUGGCCAGCCUUAUCAACAGCCAAGAGACCCUCGAGGGAUUGAACCUGGUUACUACCCUCACCCCAGUUCCCAGCAGAGAGGACCUUUGCGGCAGGACGUGCCGCCAUCUCCCACUCCUCCACUGCGGGCACCACGGUAUGACACUAUGGCACGUGGAACUGUGGGUGGGGGGUACAGGUAGGAGAUCAUACAUGGACGAUGACAAGUCCAGGCACCAAAUGGAACCUAGCACUGACCAGUAUGGUUAUACUGGGGAUGUAGAAGGAGCGCAACGCCAAACCAACUCCAAACAGAGGAUUGCUUUCACCACAAGGUCCACAGACUGAAACGUGCAAAACCUACCAAACAUUUUGCACCUUUUUCUACUAUUAAUACCUUGAUGAAAACCAGCAAAUGUCUGUGGUGGGGCUGCUUGGUAUUUUAAAUUGCUUCAAAAAGAUUGCAUGUUAAAUGAUUACUUUAUACUUCGUACAUAUUAAAAUGUAAAGGUCUAAGUCAAUCAAAGAUAUAAAAGUAACAAGAUCAGUUUAAAUCUCUACUGGUCCUGAUGGUUCCUGUGCUUCUCCAAAGUAACUCAAAUGACAGAUUAGUGAAAACAAAAACAGUACAAUGAAUCUUGUAUACGAUGAUUAACACAGAAUAGACUCUUCAGUGUUAUUAGAUCUGUGCAUAAAACCACUUCUGUUCUUUUGAAUGUGACUGGAAGUAUUUGAUUCACUGUGAUGAGGAUAUACUGUACGUACAUUAUGGAAAAUGGAAGAAAAUGGUUCAAAAAAUUGUUGAUACAUCAAUGAAAAUCACUUUAAAGCUUUAUCCCAUUAAUAAUUGCUAUUAAUUUUGAAAAUCUAAAUAAAUCCGCGCAUUACAUACAGCCAUGGCAAAAACUAAGUGCAUCCCUCCAUACAAUAAUUUAUAGGAACACCUCAGUAGUUAUUUUUUGUGUGACCACUUCAGUCUCUUUUCUUGUGGCGGAGACGUCUGGUCUUCUGUGCAAGAUUAUUUUUAAUACAUGUAUUAAUGUCCCAUCCAUCUAUUAUCCAAUAUGCUUAUGCCUAGUGGGGUCACUUAUCGCCAGCAAUCAACAGGCCAGAGGUAAGGUACACCCUGGACAGGGUCCAUCGCAGCGCUCUUUAAGGGUCCCUUCACAGCAUUUAGAUUAGAUUGAGGUCUGGACUUUGACUGGGCCAUAAUGGCAUUUUGAAUUCCUUACUUUUUGAGCCAUUCUCUUGUAGUUAUACUCCAGUGCUUGGGACCUAAUUGUGCAAUGUGACACAUUAAUAUUGCCAAUUUGUACUCGCAUUUUACUGUAUGCAAAGACCAAUAUUUGAGAAGCUGUGUUGUCCAACCAUAUGCAACUUUGCAAACUUAAGUCAAGCUGCCAAUUACUUUUAUGGAACAGAAACGGUGCCUUUGGAAACCAUUACAGACAUCCAUACUUUUUCAAUCUUUUGUAAUAUUACAUUAAGUAUCCCAAUUUGUGGAUUUUUGCAAUUCUUUUGCAGCAUUGUAGGGCCUUACAUGAGUUUAAUUUGUUGGAAUGUCCACUACGGGGAAGACUGGCAGCUGCCUUAAAUAUUUUUACACUUGUAAAUAACCUAAGUGUAGAAUGAUGAACUUUUUAAAAUUUAGGCUUAGAGCCCUUUCCAGAUUGAUUCAGUUUCUUCAAUAAAUGUCUUUUCACAUUGGCAUUGCCUUAACUGUCAAAGCAUUAAUUUUUCUGAUGAUCAAGUAAUCAAGUGUAUUUGAUCAUUAGUGAUAAUUUCUACUAAAUCCUCUUAAAGUGUACUUAGUUUUUCAUAUGGCUAUAUUGACAGUCAAGGAAAGCCGAAAGCAUCUUCAAAAAAAUUGUUUUUGUGUGUGGGCGCUGCCAGAGUGUUAAAUGUUUUUUUUUUUUUGCCAUUGAGCCAUUUCCUUAACUCGACGUUCAAUUUUUUAAUUCCUUUUGAUUUUCUUUAUGACUCCUGAAGUUACAUCACAGUAAAGAGCUGUAUGAAAUCUG